AUGCUGGGCAGGUUACUUGCUAAAAGCAUGUUCACUGAUGUGAGCAGCAACGUGGAAGAAGGAGUACCAUCUUUUUCGACCCAUGUGCAUGAUGAUGUCAAGCUCAUGCUUUAUGGAAAUAAGCAUAUUGAUUACCAGGCGACCACACACCAGUUUCGAGUUGUGAUCGCACAGGAAAUGGGCCAAAUAAUGAGUCGGCAUAACUACCAGAUAGUACUGGAUUACGUUGCCUCUAGGGGUUCGGCAAUGGACCAAAUCUCGCUAAGUGAAUUGAAGGACUACAUAUUCGGCUCUCCCGUCAGAGCCAAGAACAGGAAUCAAAGUGAUAAAUUCCGGGUAGUUACCAGCGCUGGCGUGUUGCUAGUUAUUAGGGCCUUCUAUGUCUCAGGAGGGGACAACAGACACGCAAUUUGUCUUUGCCUACCCGACACAUUUAUGACCGCUCUUAGUGAGGUUUGGUCACAUAUAAGCAAAUGGCUUGAUGAGUGUCAAGCCCUACUCGAAUCAUCGUUGCUGAGAAGUGGAUCGAGCUUUCUUCCGAGAGAUUUACGAUUACAGGAUCCUCAAAGUGCCGAUUCCAUAGUUCAGUCAAUUUUCAAACUUCUUCUGCCUCUAAUAGCAUCUCACACAGACAUUCCAAGGUUGUUACUCUAUCCUGCCUCAUGUCAGGAAUUUGUAAUGGCAUGGUUUAAGGACGUAUUUCACUGGCUAGACAUCAAGGAUGGGCACCGAUUACGAUUUCUUCCCGUCCUACUUGCCAAGAUUACCCACGAGUACAGGGAAGAAUUAAUUGCCAAUGAAUCAACCCGUAUUGUGGUAAUAUCUGGAAACAUGGCGGUUGCAAACAAAUUGAUAUUUAUUAUAUCAGGGUUAUUGAAGCCAAGGUUCACGGGACCUAUACCGACCAUCAAUGGGACGCCUCAAGCAGAAAUCACCAAAAAUAAAGGACCAUCAAAAGAAGACGAUGGACAAGACAAUAGAUACUUUAGUACUGUCACGAACAAGGGUUGGGAGAUACCGUGCAAAACUUCUCGAUACACUUCUACAAGUUUAUCUUCUGAUGAGAGUUCUGCACAUGUAAUUCAACCAUCUUCGAUAAAAAGCGGUAGCAGUUCACUUCAGUAUCUUUCGUCUUCAAUGUCAAGUGCUUACGGGAGUUACGGAUCAUGGUUUAAUAAGCGGUUUGCUCAGAGUCCUUCGGGCAAAACCAACGACCCGUCCGAUCAGCCAUUUUCACUUCAUCGUAAUAACAGUAGCACCUCGCUGCAUCAAAUGGCCAUGAAUAACAGAAUCACACCACAGCCUUCGCCAUCUUUGAAUGAAUAUGAUGAAUAUCCUUGGACGAGUACAUCUGGGUCUCCAAGGGUUGAACAGACUAGAAUGAACUUUCCAUCAUCGUCAGGAACGCUUUUGCAUAACAUUGACAUUAAAAGAAACACAUUAAGAAUUACAGACACUACAGAAUUAGACGAGAAGUUUGAGUCUCUUUGCCUUUUUGACAGCUCUAACUUAUCCACAACUAUAACGCCAGGUACCCAAAAGCACGCUUCCGUCUUGGAAGUAAGUUUUGAAGAUGAAUCACAAUACAAGUCGGCUGAGUUGCUGCCAAAAUAUACCUCUUAUUUACCAACAUUUGUUCCGUGGUUUCAACUACAGGCGUUUCCAAUAGCAUCUGAUUCUGAGCGAAAGGUCAUUAAUGCUAUGAAACGUGACCUUCAUUCGCAUGAAUAUUCACGAACACUUUUAAUAUCGUUACGCUCACGGGAAAUCAAGGAUAUAGUUCUCGAAAAGGAUGUCUCCACUCACAAAAUUGUGCAAAGAACAAAGUGGAUAUUUAACACUGGCAAGUGCGCUAGUGUUUCCCCGAAAUUUCAGCAAGCCAUUUCAGCGGUAGAGUGUAACAUAAAAAGGGCAAUGGAUAUAUGGGAGGACACAAUUAGCGUUGACAACAAAGAGAAAAAUUUGCUCAAGAUUUUUAAUGAAAUGCAGUCAUAG